GGUUAAGUGCCCGAUAGUCUCCAGUUGCCUGGCGUCUUCUUGGGGAACAUAUGCAAGGGAGAGGCACAAUUGCUGUCAGAGGGUCUGGUUAUUCCCAGUUCAGCCAUAUAUUCAAACUCAGCUUUUGUUGUAGCAUAGCGGUCUGAGGGCCAACUGACGUGAUCGCGCUGACAUUGGACCACAGGUGUCGAUAUGGUGAGUUGUUGUGUGUUUAACAGCGGCACCACGGAAAACUGGACGUUUGAUAUCUGGGUACUGCCGCAGGAUGUCGUUGAAACGCGAGGCCCUCUCCGUUUCAAUGAACAUCGGGCAUACUGAGGGUGUCGAGGAGACAGUCCCGUUGACCGUGAGGCUGGUGGUGGCAUCGAUGAGCUUAUUGUGUUUUGAUGUCGACUAGCAACCCGAAGUGGCGCAGGAAAUCAGCGCCGAGAAUGGGAGUUGGCAUAUCAGCAAUUAUGAAAAUCCAGCGGAAUGUCCUCCGAAGACCAUGAUUGAGCUUGAGGGACUUUUCACCGCGUGUUGCGAUUUGUGACUGGUUAACUGUUUGGAGGGUGAGUGUGCUAGGUGUGCGUCGCUCCUGGGCCAUGGACGGCCAGACGCUAACCUGUGCUCCCGUGUCAACCAGGAAUCUUGUACCGGUGCCGACUUUAUCAGUUACAAAAAAAAUAGGCGACCCUCAAACUGACCAACCGUCUUAGUCGGCCCUAGCGGCUGGUCUGUCCGUUUCCCCGGUCACGAUCACCUAUGUCUGAAGAUUGAUGGAAGGUGCAAGGAGGUACGCACUUUUUAGCAUGCUUACCAUAUCGCCAGUGGUACUAGCAGUCACCUGCAGCAUGACGAUGAGCACUUGGGCUGCGUGAUUUGCUCCGAGAGUCGAUCAGUACGGCUAUUCCGCCUGCGUCGACCCCGUUGACGAUUGUCAGUAACUUGGCUGUGAAACCCACAGGAGUCCAGAAUUGUUGCAGCAAAAAGCAGUUCCAAUAUCAAAUAUGCGGAGCCAAGCAACCGAGGGGGAGAGCUCUGUGGAAGAGACAGUGUCUAUCCCACCAGCCCAGCAUCAGCAUGCUGCCCUACCACGCCACGAGUUGCUUGUCUAUGCUGGGUUAAUCGUCUUCAUCCUUGUCUAUAUGCAUUGGCAUCUUUACCAAUUAUCAAAAGAAAGGGCAUCUGACUUGGAGCUUCUGGAUGAUGGCUUGUCAGUCUUUGGAAAAUGGAAGAAGGACAUUUCACAUGGUCAGUGGACUACAUUUAUUGAUUUAAUGACAACGCCAUCAGUAACCAUCUCUUAUGUGGCAUACAUUCUGUUGGGUCAACUUGUUGCCCUCUUUGCUCCUCAGUUCAGGAAAGCUUUUAUGUUGGUCUUCUCCGUACUAUGGAUUUGUCUUGGCUUUGGCAUCCAGACUUUGGAAGUUCUUCUGCUGCAUUCAUUCGUGGUGUAUGUAGUCUCCCAUUCCAGGAAGCAGAUGCUUGUAUGGAUUGUGGUUUUGCUGUCAAUUGCCUCUGUUACUGUGGAAACCUUCAUGAAUAUUCAGGAGCGCUAUAUUGCUGAAGCGCAUGGUGGAACUAUGUGCAUUUUGAUAAGCUCUCUGCGUCUCUUGUGCUUUGGUAUGGAGUUCUGCUGCAACACUACACCAGAGAAGCCCUUGACUGGCUACAACAUUUAUGAUUUGCUUCUCUUCAAUUUCUACUUACCAGUGUUUCCAUAUGGGCCAAUUGUAGGGUAUGAUACAUUCCUGGUCCAGAUAAAUGCCGAAGUCAAACCCCUAACUUGGAGAGAACUCAAGGUGAUCUGUAAAGAGUUCAUGCGAUGUAUCACCUGGGCUGUCAUAACUGAGAGCAUUACUUACUUCCUUUACCUUGGUGCAUUGACAUAUCACCACAAAACAGUGAUGACUCUUGGUGCAAGAGAUCUCAGUUUGUUGGCGUUGUAUCAUUUGUUCUUCUUUCAGCUGACAACGUUUGUGCCCUACAGCUUCUCUCGAGUUCUUGCAUUAUGUGAUCGCAUUGACGUCCCACAGCCUCCCAUCUGUAUUCUCAGUAUUCACUUUUUCAGAGACAUGUGGCGAUACUUUGACAGAGGAUUGAAUAUCAUGUUUACAAAAUAUAUCUACAUUCCCCUGGGUGGCUCAAAGCAUGGUCCUCUGCGGCAAUCCUUUUCUGUCCUCAUGUGCUUCCUCUUUGUUGCUUUCUGGCAUGGGGGAGGUCAGAUGUACUUCACUUGGGGUCUACUUAACUGGAUUGGAGUUCAGGUGGAGGCAGCUGCGUUAGCAUUCGACAACAGCUUUGGUCCUCUGCAGAAUCUGAAGAAGAGUAUGUCUCCAGCAAUGCUGAGGCGUUUUUAUGCUGCCUGUGCGGUGCCAAAUUAUCUCUUCUUGGCUUUUUCUAACUUGCUGUCUGUCAUUGGGCCAAGCAGGACAAGAUUCUUUAUCUCUGCUAUGAUGUUUAAGGACUGGCCUUGGAAUUUUCUUUGCAUCAUCGUUGCUUUCUACUGUUGCAUGCAGGUGGUUAACGAGUUGGAGAGAAGAGUAGGCAAAAAGGUAUUGCUAUCAAAGGAUUAUUUCUAAAAUAUCAGAAAUAACUGUUUUAGUGUACAUGUAAGUGAAGAGUGGAAGAGGUAGAAAGCAGCAGUUCAUUGUUGGACUCGAUCAGAGAGAUAAAUAGCAAUGCAUGGGGUCUUUGAUAGGGGCGUGUACUAUAUAUGAAACUCAGAUACCUGUAUUAUUGUGUAUUGUGUAUUUUCCUGAUCACUUUGCAUAACAAAUACAAUGUAAAUGUUAUGUUACAUAACUAGCUUUUCAUUAUUUACUUGUGAGUUUGUCACAUUGAGUUUAUUUUGGCUAGUAUGCAAAUUAGUGUCAGCACACUUACCACAGGGUACAAGCCGUUUAUGUCAUGACAAAUCAUCAGCAUUCUGUCUUACAAGUCAGAUACAACAUUUGGUCCGUUGUUAUGGGUAUUAUUUAUAUGAGGGCAAAGUUGGCAUUUUGCAGUUUAACAGGAUAGGCCAUUGUAGGUGGGAUGGGUAAGUCCACUUAGAUAAGUUUGUCUCCAAAAUUGGAGGUUGUUUGACAAAAACAAAGGCUUUUCUUAGGUUUAUUUACUCAGAGUUUUGGUGUUGUGCUCUAAAGCUGUGAAUUGUUGGAGAUUUGCUAGCUGGUUGUUACAUUCCACUGGUCCAAUAGUGUAAAUUUGUGGGAGGGAUGGAGAAUGGGGAAAGGUGGGGGCAUGACUUGCCUUGCCAUGAAAAUGUGAAAAGCUGGGUGGAUGACACCAUGUGACUCUAUGGAGAGGUCAUUGUGCAUCUGUAAUAUGUAUUACAUUCAUGCAGAAUCUCACAUUAAAAUGGCAUAGGGCUUUUUUUAAAGCUGGUUUUCUUUUUUAAACAUGUUGAAUGCAUUUUAGUCGCAUCUUUUCCCAAACGAAAGGAUACUUUUCUAAGAUUGCUGUGCGGAAAGGGGUGAGAGUUCUAGCCCAUCCAAAUCUUGACAGCUCUGGGGUACUUAGAACAUAAUGUAGUCUUGGUUAGAGUUUGACAGUGGGUUUCUAAAGAAAAAAAAAAACGUUUUGAGUGACUCUUUGCUGUUUGUCCAGAUCACGAAACUACCAUCAAUGUAACUGACGUUCAAAAGGGUUGGAGGGGAACUAAGUCUUUAGUCGUGGAAUGGUUCACAUACGUUCAUCGGACUGUACACACAAAUUGGGCCUGCAAAGCGCAGGCGUCAUUAUUGUAGGUGUAUUACACUGCCAGUAAUGGCUGCAUUACUGUUUUACUUCCAGUAAUGGCUGCAAAAUUAUAUUCAGUUCCCUAUGAAUGACAGUUUAACAAUUCCAUUGGUCGGGAGCCCAUCACAUGGGGCUUGGUCUUAAACGGGUGGAAUGUUGCACACUGCACAGUAAACGACUGUUGCCUGCUCCAACCCCAUUACAAAAGCACCAGUUCUGUUAUAACACGGGAAUAGAUUUAAUGAAUGCAAUGGAUAGUAAAGGUUUAUACGGUUUACUGUGUCACAAUGCAUAAAUUUCAUUUCACCGAAACAGUCUUCAACUAACUUCUACAAUCGGUAGGAAGUACAUGUGCCAAAUUUGGUUUCGACAUUUCUGAAGAAAUUUUCCAGAAAGCUAUCUUAUUCUGUAGUACGUUGUGGCUAACAUCUGAAACUGUGGACUCCCCAACGUUAUGCCUGUAGCGAUGUAGAAUUCAGAACAGCCGUAUUCACACAAGCACAAAAUGUGCCAUAUUUUUCUUCGAGGUGAUGCUGCCCUACACAAAAGUCAAAUUUCUGAUCUCAUUUUUGGAGCGAGAGAAAACCUAAACAGGAAUGUAGUGUUAACCCGUUGAACAGAAAUGCCCCGCCAAGCACAUGCCCAAACCCACAACUCUAAUUUUCGGAUCACAAACAAGCUUUGUCUUGUUUCAGCAAGUAUGGUCUUUCACUUAAUUCAAAUGACUUGUGAGAUAACCCAAAAGCCAUACAUGGUGCCUAUUGGUUUUGGUCAUAGUGACCUUGACUUUUGACCUUUCAGGUCCAAAUGCGGAAGGCUUCUUAGGAUCACCUAGAACAAUCUACAAACCAAAUUUGAAGUUCAUGCGCAGAUCUUCUUCAGGUUAUCGUACUGACACGAAUAUUCCGGGCACCCCCCCACACACCCACACCCGCAAAAGGACAAGAAACUGUAUGUCCUUGCGGCUUUGUAGGCUGGGCAUAAACCCACCUGCUGUCUUCUGGUAACUUGAUACGAUGAUAUUACGGCAAGAUUGGACCAGUUGAAAACACGCUGGAAUGAAUGAUGUCAACAAAAAUGGCUGUCUUAGCAGAAAUAAUGUUGUUCUUCACUGGCCCCCAUUCCGGCCAUACAUGGAUGAUACGAGUGCGGCUAUACAACCUCCUCCCCAAGGUCAGACCAAUAUACUACGCGUUGAAAACGAUACUUAAAACUUUGGGAAAGGUCAAGGUAAUCGUAAUCACGUUCUGGCGGUCCGGUAUAAACGUGUACAUAUUUGUGGCAUACAUUUAUCACAAGAUCGAUUUUCGACCCGUAAAAACCGCUAUCUAUUACCGUGGUAUAACAAAAUUGUUUAUUUGCACAUUUUAGAAGAGAGAGAUGUACGUGGUUAACUAACUAAAAGGUGCUUCCUUCAUUGCGAUUGCUCGAUCUUACGGGGUCUGUUGGUCUUUAUGCUCAAUUUUCUACUAAUUCUGGCAUGUGCCAAUUGCCUUUUCAUUUUAUUCGUAGAUAAUAAUGAAAAAAAGUCACAAAGGGAAAGUGUAGUCAGUGAUGUGGUACAGAAUCGACUGAUAACGCACUGCGAUCGUGCUGAUUGGCUCUUUGUACCCAGCAAGUCUGCACAUGCCCCAUGUUUUAACGUACUUGAGUACGAGUGUUUCUGUAUACAUAUUGAGUUUGAUGGUGUGUGUUGUAUCCUAUCGACUAUGCAUGUGUAAUAGCCAUAAGUCUUUCUUGGUAUGCUGCAAAAUGUUAAGUAUGAAAUAUUGUACACGUAUGGAUCAUGCAUUCUCUGAGGUACUGCAUUAUUUUUAUAUAUAUUUUACAUUCAUUCAGAACGUCGUUUCUAUACAUAUAUAGCAUACUCAGUAUUUAACAAGUCUGUAGUAAACUUUUCUAAGAUGGAUUCAUUUGACUGAAUUUUACCUGUAUUCAGAACCUUUUUUAGCAUUUCGAGGUUUAUAUGUGAUGUGUGUACUCUCAUACCUAAAAUAUAAGUGAAAUUAAAUCUUGCGCUUUGUGCGGAAAAGAGUUGCAGUUUUGGCAAAAUAA